CCCUCCUCCUGCUUGGCUUCUUUCUUCCUUGAUGGUGGGAAACAGGGGAGGGGGGCGAGAGGGCCUGGGGAGAGGCAGGAGGAGAAAUAUCCGCUACCGUCCCCGAGCUGCUCGUAGAAGAACAGCAGAGGCGGAGGCGAUUCUCCCCUCUCCCCUUCCCUUGGAUCUGAUUCCUGUAAAACUCCGGCUAUGGGUUGCGGUCUGAGGAAACUAGAAGACCUCGACGAUAGCAGCCCCGGAAAAAUCUUUUCUACUCUGAAGAGACCGCAAGUCGAAACAAAGACCGACUUCGCUUAUGAAUAUGUAUUGCUGGACUUCUCCCUGGAAGCUUCCUCGAAUCCUGAGGUCACCCAGAUCAGCUCGGUGACGGAGAUAGCAGCCAAGGUGGAGGAUUAUUACGCCAUGGGCUAUGUGGUCAGCGCGGUUCACCCCGUGACGUUGUCUGCGGGGAAGGGGAGGCUUUCGCCGGCCGGCGGACGAUACCGAGUGGUCCUCUCACGGCUGAAACCCAGCCCCAAGCAGGGGGUCUUCCCGAGGGAGACGUACCCCCGGCUCGUGAUCGAGGAGUGUCCCUUCAUGCAGGAAGCGCCAACAAACCAAGUCAUGGUUGGCCUCUUGGAGAAGGUCAACGAGGCGGCUAAAAGAGGAAUGAGGUUCGUGGGGUUUCUGCCUCAGCCAGGCCCGCCCCCGAAGUUCUGCAACGGUGUGGACGCCCUUGAGGAGACCGCCCCUGCCCCUCUUCUGGGCGGCAGGACCCCCAGCCCGGACGGAAACCGUGGAAGCCGGACCCAGGGGCCACCGGCCACGUGGCCGGAGGACAGAGGGAUGGACAGGGAGCAGGAGAGGUCCGCUCAGCCACUCCAUCCUGAUGCCAGCCCGGAUGGACCAGGAGGCCUCGGACCACCGAAGCCGAAGAGAGGGCCAGAUCACCAGCUCUUCACGGUCUUCAACGUUUCCGACGCCGAAUCGAACAGCUGGUCCUACCACGAAGGCCCGCUGACCGUCAGGGUCACCAGGAAGGGGCCCGUGGUCACCACGCUGGACGCCGACUGGCUGGAGCUAACCACGUUUUAUUACAAACAGGGACUGGCCCUGAUCGAUUCCUUUGUGCCCUGGGAAGCCACCAAAGGAGACCACAUGCCCAAAUCUUUGGAAGGGUUAUUCAUCUACGAGGAAGAGGGGGCAGGAGUCCCCGGCUCCGACAGGAAAGGAUCCGACGUGAUUGUCGUCGAGCAAUGGACCGUCAUUGAGGGUUGCGAGGUGAAGACGGACUAUGGGCCUCUAUUGCACACGCUAGCCGAGUUUGGGUGGCUACUGACCUGCGUCCUGCCCACGCCGAUCCUACGGCACGACAGCGAAGGAAACCUGGCCACCAAGCAGAUUGUCUUCCUUCAGAGGUCGGCCAUGUCGAAUUCAACUGCCCGGGGGCCCGAGAGACCGUGGGCGAGGCCGGCCCGAGGCGGCGACCCGAGGAGCGGGGCCCAGGGCCGGAGCGGCCAGUCCACUCCCGCCCCAUCAAGCCCCCCGGCCACCGGGGACCGGCCCUGGGCCCAGGACGGGGGCCGCAUGUUUUCGGGGUUCAGCAGCAGCGACAGCGUCUUAAGGGACCUGGACGAAGGGACCCUGGAGCAGGAGGAUGGAGCCAUGCAGGUCACGUGUAUGUAACCGCCCAACUCCCGGGAGAGAGCGCGACCAGGACGGAGAAAGGGCGGGAAAGAUUCAUGGACGCUGCCUGGGUCUUCCCAGGCCCAGACGGGAGAUUGAGGGGGGUCUAUCCCAGCCACCCACCCCCAAAACCCCCCAAGAAUCUGUACAUAGUCGCUUCCCGCCAACCGAACUUGCCGUAACGAUCAUCUUUGCCGACAUCCCUUCCGGGGGCCGAGGCUUGGUUUGGAAAAGAGGCCCUGAAACCCUUAACCGGCUUACGCUCCUAACAAUCCGACCGAUCGAUCGAUCCGUGGUAUUUGCGGAGCGCCGACGGCGUGCGGAGCACUGGACCGAGCGCUCGGGAGAGGCCGGAACGGGUGGGUCGACGCGCUUCCUGCCCACAAAGGACUUGGGGGCUACGGAUCCGAUCGAUCAAUCGAUCAGUGGGGUCUGUCGAGCGCUGACAGCGUGCAGAGCAUCGGCCUAAGCGCUUGGGAGAGGACAACGCAACGCUAUAACAGACACAUUCCCUGCCCACAAAAACCUUACGGACUGCAGAUCCGAUUGUCCCUGCCCACAAAAUACUUACAGACUACAGAUGGAUCGAUCAGCCGUAUGCGUUGAGCUCUUACUGUGUGCAGAGCACUGGACUGAGCGCUUGGGAGGGCGACACGACAGAGCCGGUAGACACGGAUCCUUGCCCUCAGAGACAAAAUCCUGGGAAAGUGCACGAUUAAUUUAGCCGAUCUUGGGAAGGCCCGAAGUAAGAGAACAAACUGAGAGAGGGAUGAAUGUUAUUUUUCUAAAAAAAAAAA